UUCGCUUCAGUUUGUUUUUUGUUUGUUCCUGGAGUGGACGAGAGUGCGUAAACAAAAAGUAGAAAUUUUGUGAUAUUUUGGGACCCGCAGGCACCAUGAUACGACCCAACCGGUCUCAGUUCGAUCAAAUUUGCCGGUUGUGCCUUGAUGGGACGGAUUUGGUCAAUAUCUUUGAGCGGCACCCGAAGACGCAGAGGGAAUCGCUGAGCUUGCUGGUCCGCGAGACGGUUGAGAUGCUUGGGUUGGUGAUUGAAACAGACGAUGGAUUUCCUAAGAAAAUUUGUAUCCGCUGUAAAGACUUUUUACGGCAGUUGUACAAAUUCAAAAAUCAAUGCCAAGAAGCAAGUGAUUUGCUUGCUGAAGCAUUAUCCUUCUCAUCGCCGCGGGAAACGACACCAUCACCGCCUCCACCUAUUGAGUUAUCAGAAUCAACCACAUCAUUGCCUGUAUCUCCAUCAUCACCGCCACUGCAAACUGUUGAAAUAGAGCAACAUGAAGGAAUAUCUCCAAAAUCCCCAUCACCAAAACCGCAAAUCAUUCCGGCAGCUACUCUCGUAAAACGAGAAUACAUUCGACAGCCUUCGCCUGUAUCGUCAAUCUCGGAAGCCGAAUCGACCGAACAAGAUACUACUCCAUCAGUACCAGUACAACCGGAACCAGUUUCUCCCCCGGAAGCAGAUUCAAACAGUACUUUCCUACUAACGAAUGUCGAUAUUAAAGUCGAAAUAGCACAUCCUCCCGAGCAUCUUGAAGACGCCGACGACUGUUCUGAAGAAUAUUACGAAUACUUAGAGCCCGAACCAGAAGAUAUUGAAGAAGAAGUUGUAACUGAUGACACAAUGCACAUACAGCAUGAGGAGACGUGCACUGCAGAUGAUCAGGAGGAAUCCUCAGUGGUUCAGUAUGCCUCUGAUAUUGACCAAGCAGAAGAGGAAGAAGCAGAAGAAACUGAAACGGAAAAUGAAUGGAAUACGGUCUCUGAUAUGAAAUCCUCACAAUCGAACUUAACAAAACACGGCAAAGGCCAAGUGUGUCCAAUUUGCGGUCAAAGUUCCACUUGCCUAAAGUAUCACAUGAUGUGCCACACCGGUGAGCGGCCGUACUCCUGCAAAUAUUGCGAAAAGUCGUUUCGGACGAGCACAAAGCUGAACAUUCACGUGAACGGUGUUCACCUGAAGGUUAGGAAGUACGAGUGUGAAAUUUGCGACAAGAAAUUCCUGGAUGCCGGAAAUUUGCGAAACCACAUGGUGACUCACGGCGGGGAGCGGAAGUUCGUCUGCGAUUUUGAAGGAUGCGGCAAAUCCUUCGCUCUGCAAGGCACGUUGACGGUACACAAAAAAGUGCACACCCAGGAUAAGCAGUUCGGUUGCGAGUUCUGCUCCAAAACGUUUUUGUAUAAGUGGUUACUGGUGAAACAUCACCGGACACAUACGGGCGAAAGGCCAUAUGAAUGUGACAUUUGUAGUAAAAGGUUUUCCACAAUCACGCACAUGCAUACCCACAAGAAGACCCAUGAUCCGGAGAGGGAAAAACAGAGAAGGAAACGGAAGCAGCCGGUUGAUGAUUUCUAAAUAGAAUAGGUUUUUGACAAUUUUGCUUGUUUAUGUGAAAAUAACUAUUUUUCUGCAAAUUAAAAAUGAUUUAGCUUUUUAA